AUGCAGACGGUCCAGCCACAGUCCUUACUCUGUGACUUUCUUUACAGUAGAUUUUCCAGGCCCCGUGAAGUGUUCCCCAUGUUUUAGGCCACUGCCCAUCCCAAUGAUCAGGCCUUCUUUCUCUACGACUGUGAAGACAGUAAGCCCCUGGGCCCCUAGAGCCAGGUGGUAAAGAUGGAGGAGGAAGAGAGCCAAGUUCAGAAGACCAGAGAGGACGUCUUCAUGGCGACCUUGAAAGACAUCAUGGACCAUUCCAAGGACAGAAGGCUGGUGGAGGUAGCACUCUGGAGGUAUGCCUACAAUGGACAAUUCAUCACAUUCAACAAAAAAAUCCCAGCCUGAGUCCCUUUGGACCCUGCAGCCCCAGACACCCAUCAGAAGUGGGAAUCGGAGAGCAGCUCAGUGAUGGCUGAGGGCUGCCUGGAGGAGGAGUGCCCUGAGAUGCUCAGAGGGAUCACCUACUACCUGGACUAA